AUGUCGGAUCCUUUCGUGAAAGGCGAAAUCCAUGAGAAGGUCAUACAGAGUGUCUGGUGGGGAGUUCGUGGAAUCUACCGUUUCGAACUGCUGCCGGAAAACACGAUAGUUACUGCCGAGAAAAUUCUGGAGCUCGGAUGGCAAGUUCCACCGCACCCACCGUACAGCACGGACCAGGCCCCGACUGACUACUACCUCUUCCGAUCGCUUCAGUAUCACCUUGAAGAGAAGCACUACGAUGAUCGUGACCACCUCGAAAAUGACCUUCGGGCUUUCUUCGCCUCCAAAUCGCCGGAGUUCUACGCCAGAGGAGUCCGUGAUAUUGUGAGACGUUGGCAGAAGGUUGUCGAUGUUGAUGUAGAUUAUUUCGUCGAAUAA